CACCUGUGAAUCCAACUCGCUCUGAGCACAAUAAUGGCGACAGUUGACGUUCGAACUUGAGUGUGCGCGCCAGUACUUCCGGUGAAAACUUCCGGUGAUUUGACAGCGAGAGCGGGAGACGCGAGAGUGAGAGACAACCAUAGACAACAGCGACCGAGUUCCAUUACCAGAGAUAUUUCUUUACAAUGAGUGUUUUUAGGAUUAAAGAGAGGCGACUUGCCUUUCAGAGGGUGAGAGCCUCAGCACUUCAUUGUUGUGUGCCGUUAUGUACCGUUUCGUCACGUUACAACAGAGAAGUCAGCUUUCAUGUAUUCCCUGUUGACGCUGCGGUACGGGCUGAGUGGAUGCAGAAGAUCCGGAGGGAUGACUUCAACCCGACCAAAAACACCCGAGUCUGUAGUCGGCAUUUUAAGCAGGCUGAUUUUAACGUGACUGCCGGGGGGUUGAGGAGGCUGAAAAAGGGAGCCGUACCCGUUUACUUCUCAUGGAAUGGGUACGAACUACCUGCGCCCCGACCGAGCGUCUGGGAACGGCGUCCGCGAGCCGAGAGUCCUGCCCCAGAGUCAGACUCGGACUCGGAGAUGGAGACCGAAAUUGCUCCACCAGAUCAUGACUACUCUGUAGUCCCUCAAACAGGAGCGAGGGCGAGUAAUUUGGCCGACGAGAACGAAGCUCUACGUCGCCAGGUUAGGGAGCUACAACAGCAGUUGGAAGUCCUCAAACUUCGCCAGCGUUUUGGGAUAGAGCGCCUGUCUGCAUCAGAUGAGGACGUGCGCUUUUAUACCAGGUUUGCGUCCUACAGGAGUUUCAUGGUAUUUUGGAAUUUAAUUGAACCUGCCGUGACCCACAAGAUGGUGCGCAUAACAAGCGCAAAGACAGCCUCUGCCAGCAUCAGCACAGUUCAUCACCCAACAACGAAACUGAGACCGAUUGAUGAGUUUCUGCUGUUCCUGAUGUACCUGUCAGUGGGUUUUCCUCCCAGGGACCUUGCAGAGAGGUUCAGCAUACACCGCACUACUGCAAGUCGGAUCAUCUCCACAUGGACUCAUUUUUUGUACUGCCUGUUGGGAAGCCAGCGCCUUUGGAUUCCGCCAGAGGUAGUGAGAGCUCACCUGCCAGUUGAGUUUGCAGCUUUUUCUGAUACACAGGUGAUCCUUGAUUGUACAGAGAUAUUCUGUCAGUCGCCAUCCUCUCUGCUGCUUCAGAGUGAGGUUUUCUCUACCUACAAGUCACACACUACAUUCAAGGCCUUGAUUGGCAUGGCACCCCACGGUGCUGUCACCUUUGUGUCUGGACUGUAUGCAGGCUCUAUGAGCGAUCGCGAGAUCUUCAAGCAGUCCGGGAUUGUAAAGCUGCUGAAACCAGGUAUGGCGAUCAUGGUGGACAAAGGGUUUGUUGUGGACAACCUUGCUCCUUGCAAGGUGUACCGGCCUGCCUUUCUCAGCAAAAAACAGCAAAUGAGUCGGGAGGAUGUCAGACAGACACAAUCAAUUGCACGUCUGAGAGUGCAUGUGGAGAGGUGCAUAAGGAGAGUGAAAGAGAACAAACUGUUCGACAAGGAGAUACCACUGUCUAUAUGUGGGAACAUUGAUGAACUGUUCAGUGUGGCCUGCUUCCUGGUCAAUUACCAGAAUGGGCCGUUAGUGAAGGCAUGGGCAACUCAGCAAUGAAUUAAAGACCUAUCUUGCUUCUAAAAAAAGUCUUUGUGUCAUUGUCAUCGUUACAUUGGCUUUGGGUUUUUACUGAAAUGAAAAUGAAAAUACACAGAGAUGACAUUACAACAUGUAGAAUUUAAUAAGUAAAUAUUGAACAACACUUAUUCAAUAAUCCAGUAUCAACAAUCCACAUAGAUUUUUACACUUGGGCUCUCAUUUCAAUCAGUACAAAAGGUAUGGUCUCAGGUCAAUUGCAGGCCUUCAUUAGUGACAAUUAUCACUUCAGGCUUUGUAUAGAUUUGUAAAGAUGAACAAUGAAACCUACUAUUAGUUCAGGCUUUGUAUAGAUUUGUAAAGAUGAACAAUAAAACCAGAACAAGAACAUUUA